UUGAAAGGUGUAAUUUAAGGAAUACAGAUUUCUACUCAAUAUUUAUUACCGGGUAUCAAGAUGGCUAUGUUUUCUUAGUCAUUUUUGGCUUAAGGUUCUGAUUCAGUUAUAGACUUAAUUUUGUUGUUCGCCCUGUCUAGAGCACAAAAUUGAUAAGUGGGCCGAGUUUUACUGCAAUAACUGUGUAAACUUCUAUUGUGCACAAUGUAUUAACCUGCAUGGUCAGUUGUUUGGGAAACAUGUGACAUACGGAAGGGGAGACCUAAGUAAGUGGCCAGUGUCCAAAAAAGUGGAGGAUUUCCUUCAGAAAUGUGACCUUCAUGAAGAUAAACGUCUAGAAAUGUUUUGUCAUGACCACAGUCAGCUGUGCUGCACUAAUUGUGUUUUCCUCAAUCACAGACUAUGUGCUAAAGUAAUCCUGAUAUCGGGGUCAGUAAAAGAACCUCUACCAGACCUGCAGCAACUAUCAAGAAAGAUCCAAACUAUUCUUGAAACUCUAAAGAAACUUGAGAACAAUUGGAACACCAGCAUGCAUACUUUGCAGGCUUCAUACGAUGAACAAUUACAUCAAAUACGUGACACACGCCAGAAAAUAAAUAUAAUUUUAGACAGGAUAGAAAAGACCACCAUCAAAGAGCUAGAUGAUAAGAUUAACAGCCUGAAAGUGUCUGUCAAGACUGAUGCAGACAAUUGCAGCAAAUGUAAGCAUGAACUUAAACAACUCAGUGACGUAAUACAUGACAUCGUUGAUAAAGGCAAAGCAGAACUAACAUUUAUUGCAAGUAAGAAAUGUAUUGAAAAAGUAAAGCAGUCUGAAACUUAUCUAAAGGAGAACUCUGUACAGGUAGAAAAUACACUGAAUUUCCAGGCCAACAGUGAUGUUCAACAAUACUUGUGUAAAUUGUCAGGUCUUGGGAGGAUUGUACUCGGUACCAAGGCAUUAUCAGUGUUCAGUGACCAGGUUUUUACUGUGCACGGAAAGUCAGAGUAUGAUGUGAGCAUAGAAAGAGAUGAUUUGGAAAUUGAUUCAAAGCUGAUGUUUGACAUUAGUGCCAUCUGUGUUCUCUCGAAUGAUCAGAUCCUUGUUGCAGAUUUUGAUAAUAAACGAAUUAAGCAACUCAAUCAUCAAUACAAGGUGGUGGGACAUUUUAGUUUAACUGCUUAUCCAAUUGACAUGUGCCAAAUCACACAGUGACGUAGCUGUUGCUGUGAAUGUGGAUAAGAUACAUGAGGUCCAGUUUGUCUCCGUGAACAGGAGGUGGCUAGUUAAGGGCACUAAAUUACAGUUUCAACGCAGAUGUUUUGGUAUUGCUUAUAUUCUGCAAGAUCUGUAUCUCACGAGUGGCACUGCACUUUACAAGUAUUCAAUGAGCGGAGACCUGUUAAAUAUGCUGUAUGAGGAUACAUCAGGCAAUUACACAGGUAACAUUUCGUGAGAUACCAGUAUAUCAUUUUAAAUUAUCAGAGCUCCAGAUAAGGGUUGUAUUUUCGUAAUUACGAAUUAUUUUCAAGUCCGUUACGUAUUUAUUUUAAAAUCUUGUCGUACCAUUAAGAAUUACAAAAUCAAGUUACGAAUAUUAUUUUUACAUCGGUUCGUAUCGUUUUCUAUUGAGUUCUUUUCGCGUAUUAAAGAUCUUUGCAGUGCUUAUAUAGAAUGGUUAUCGGGUUUGUUUAACAAAGCGCAUUUUUUCCAAUAAAAGCGGCUUAUACAGUCUCUCUGUCAAAAAACAAUGGCGGCGCCCAGAGAGCGUCCUAAAAAACUGCAAAGCGUCCAAAAACACGCUUUUAACAUAUUGUACACAAAGUGAGCCGCAGUUAAAUGUUUAGAAAGACAUUAUAGAAAAUAUCUUAUACGAUGUUGUAUGUUCAGUUGCCGACACAGUCGGAAAAGCUAAACAAAAACGCGACACGACGGGUCCAAACUUAAACACACAAAAAAACAUUGAACGAGUGGAAGGGACAAGUCCCGUGGCUAAUCGUUGAAAAGAUUGAAGGGGAGACCCGUUUUAAAUGUGAAAUAGGUAAAAAUUCAUCUAAGGCAUGCAAUCUAAACACAGUUUGGGCAUAUGAAGGUAUUGGAAAAAUAAAAUUGUAUAAUACUGAAAAGACACUGUUGAACUCGUAUAAAUAAAGUUGCUAGUAUGUUUAUUUUGAUUUUUUUGCAUGAAAAUAACAAUUAUUAUUUAUUUUUAGGUCAUUCAGAAAAAAUAAGAAUUAUUUUCCAAAACUUAGUAGUAAUGUUAAGAAUAAAAUUUCAGAGUUAAGAAUUCUUUUUGAAAAUCUGGUAGUAAUUUAAGAAUUUCACAAAACCUUAUCUGGAGCUCUGAUUAUUAUAAGAAAUA